CACUGUCGUCAUGGAGACGGUGUGAGAGCGAGGCCGCUGGUGGAGCUCAGAGCUCUAUGGUUGGGAGGUACUUCGAUCUGGCUCCGCUGGCUGCUGCUCAAGCCUUUCUCGUAUGGUCGGAUCAAAAGGGCCGUCGAAAUCUCUGAAUAUAUUUUAUACCCAUACCGCGUUCGCAGUAGUCCUGGGAUUUCCAUCCAUUCGAAACAGCUUCAUGGUGACCCGAUACUGGUUUUGAAAGAGGAGGGCAUUCACUGGUUCAGCCGGAGUGGACUCUUGCUGCACAAGCAGGACUGAAAGAUGUUCAAUGGAAUGGUAGCGUGUGAGACGAGAGCCUCGCUCGCUCACAGGGUGGCCGCCACAUCCCUGCUGCUCCUCCUCCUCCUUGGUAUGCUCCCUGCAGGUCAAGCUUCAGGCUGUCCCAGACCCCCAGUCGUGCCUCAUGGCCACGGGAACCUGACGGAAACUAACCGCGGCUCUUUCUCUGUGGGCACGCUGCUGCAGUACAGCUGUGAUCCGGGGUACAUGCUGGAUGGCUAUAGCAUUAUUACCUGCACCGUAUCAGGCCACUGGUCCACUGAGCCGCCCCGCUGUCUCAAAAAUGACGCAGUUUGUCAACCACCCAGUGAACCAGAGAACGGAGGUUAUAACUGCCACCCCUCACCCUGCCACAGACUGACCCAGGGCACCGUGAUCGAGUACUUCUGCGACGAGGGUUACAUUCUCAAAGGAGGCUACCAGUUCAGAACCUGCGACAACGGAGAGUGGAAGUCGUCCAUGCAAAUCAGCUGUCACCCCGUACAAGGGGAGGAGCAGCACUCCACUCUGCCCAUGCCAGCUCUGUCUAUCGUGGCCUCCACCGCCAGCUCUGUGGCUCUCAUUCUGCUGCUGGUGGUUCUGUUUGUGUUACUGCAACCAAAACUCAAGUCCUUCCAUCACAGCCGCAGCCGGGAACAGGGUGUGUCAGGACAGCCUGCUUCCAUCAUGGUGGAGGGCGUUCAGGUAACGCUGCCAUCUUACGAAGAAGCCGUAUACGGCGCUGAUGGCAAUUCCGCACCGCCCACCGAGUCCCGUGUUCAGAUCGUGCUGUCGGAGGGCCCCCAGGCUGACAGUUUGAGCACAUCUCUUGAACAGGCUCAGGCAGGAUACGGUUUUACCUCUGCUUCGACGGCUGCAUCCUCGAGUCACGCAGAGACCGUAUUGGUUCACCAGAUGCCCUCUUCCUCAGAAUCCUCUUCUUCCUGGGCCGCUGAGCAGCCCGGCGCAGCCACACGCCUCAACCGCAGACAGAGCAGCGAGAGCAGCGAUCAGCACAGCCUGCUUUCAGUCGCUUCAGCUGAAGACUACAGCGAUGAUAUUCCAUUGCUAAAAGAGGCUUGAGUUUGCAAGCAAUCCCCCCUCUCUCUGUCAUUGCUGACCGGGAUCUUAACCCCUAAAGCUUCUCGCCAAACUCUUACCCCAGAGCAGUAAAACAAGACGUCCGUCAGCUGUCCCUCUGCCAACAUACCGCCUGCCCUGGAGUCUGCAAGCUGCGUGACCUCUGCGGAGUCUGGCUUCCCGGGAACAACCUCAGACCAGAUGACCUGUAAAGAGAUGCGCAAACGCUCUUAAUUUCAACGUGUAAUGGCAAAAACUCACCAAUAAAAGAUGAAUGCAUUCAGAUUACAAAACGAUUCGUGGACCUCUGCUCCGUCAAUGACUGUGAUCACCUUUGUGAAGGGGAGGGUUCAGCUAGCAUUCGCUAAGCCACACCCCUUUCUCGCUGAUGCUGCAUGUUCUGUGCAAUUUCUGUUUCGUUGUACGCGCAUACGCACAGGAGCACGGCACAGCCGAAGCAUGACGCAUAGCACCGGCACACACCAUCUCAACGCUUGAUCCCUUAUGCGAGGCAGGGUUGAACUGAUUUACAUUGUACUGUACUUAAAAACCUUUUUAUUUGUCAAGAAUUGUCCGUGCUGUGCUCUGUGUGCGUGUGUUUCUGAUGCCUGUGUGACUGUGGUUGUUGUGAUUUGAAGAGGGCUUAAGUGUCAUCCAGGCUUCUUUUCUCCAAAGUAAGAAACGUUUUCAAUACCUCCAUUUUCUAAUCGAGACGUUAUUUAAAUAGAAUGGAUGUUCGUUGUCUACAUCUCUGUUCGUCUAAAGUGAGAGAGAUACAUUUUGUGAAGUGGCUGUGAGGUCAUGCCCCUGAAAGUCUUUUCUCAUAAAGAGAAAUAACCCAACCUCACUUUCCCCCCACGUUUCAAAGUAUGAGCUACUCUCUCUCAUGUUUAUGUGUUGCACGCACAAGAAAACAUUUUUUUUCCCUUAACUUCAAUGUUCUUGAUGGGUGUGGACUGAGGUUAUUUACUGGGCUGUACAUUGGUUAUAUAAUUUUUUACCUUACCCCCAUAAAAGACUUUAUGCAAAUCCAACAUUUGCGUUUGCGUAAUAGUUACUGUAGCUACAGUUCGAAGGUUGAAUCGAUGACUAUCAAAGAUAGAAUUUACUAAAUGAUCUUAAUAAAUUGGUAUUGAGAAAAAUAGAUUAAAUCUGUCAGAUCAGAUAGGUGGUGCAUUGAUUAAAUGCAUUGUAUAGCAAUUUUUCUAAACAGGUACACAUACACAUAUAUACAUACUUAAUGUCCUAGUACAGACGUCUGUUAUAUAAAUGCAGUUCCAGAAAAUGGCCUCCUCGUCACUCAGUGUGUUCUUUUGACAAGAAGACAUUUGACAAAACCAAUGAACGUUUCCUUUGAGUUGGUUUAUUUAUGAUUCACUUCCCUUACACCCAGCCACAUUAUGUGUAUAUCCCCUUUUGUUGACGUGACACCCAAAUGUGUGUCAUCAUGCAUCAAAUACAUGUAUAUUUUAUGUGUCUGACUUUGGAGAGAGAGGGCGGUUUGCCGAUCUGCAGAUCCUCAGUUUUGUUCUUCUGGCUCGUUUUUUUAAUUAGAUCUACAUUUGUCAUGCAGAUUGAAGGCAAAAUAUUACUGCUGCCUUAAAAACUUGUACAUUUCAUACACUGCUCACUUUGUAAUUACGUUUCUUCGGUUUCACUGGGUUUUUUUUUUGGUAAUUUGUCUUCAGUGUCUAUAUGGCCUUACUUUUCGUUUUCUAUGCAUAAAUAUUGUCUAGGUUCAGUUGUAAGACUGGCAGCUCUCGCUUCUGCUAGAAGCUUAUCAGUGAACGUGAAAUUAUGUUUUUGUUUUUAUUUCCUUUUACCAAAAUCACUCAAAGGAUGUUUUUUAAGCAAGGAAGUGAUAUUGAAACACUGUUGUACGGUGUUUUCUGCAUUAAAGCGUAAUAUAAUUUGACUCAUCCACCCAGCCCCCAUUACACUUUUUUUCUUCUGUACAUUGCUGUGGGUGUGAAGAUAGUAUUUUAAUAUUUGUAUAAAGUUUAAUUUAAUUCUACAGUGUGUAUAUAACUAUUUCUAAUUAAAGCUUUCAUUUGAAGUGCA